CAUACCUUAAACUAGACUUAUCCUCUUUCAUUUGGAACAGAGUAGAAAAAUUUUUAUUUUCUUUUGGUUUUUGAUUUUUGACUAGGUUUAUAGAGGUGUGAUGUAUGUAGUUACAAACUAGUCCAACUCCCUUUGCCAAAGUAAACAAAUGAUUUUAGAAGAGAUGAAAAUUGAAAGUGGGCAGAAACAAACCAUUAAGAUUUUCAAAUGUCAAUGGGAGGACUUCCCUGGUGGCCCAGUGGUUGAGACUUUGCCUUUCGAUACGGCGAGUGUGGAUUCAAUCCCUGGUCAGGGAGCUAUGAUCCCACAUGACUCUCGGCCAAAAUACUAAAACAUAACACAGAAGCAUAAAACAGUAAAAAAUUCAAUAAAGACUUUAAAAUAGUCUCCAUCAAAAAAAUCUUAAAAAAAAAGUCAAUAGAAAAGUCUUUGGAAUUAUUGGCUUCCACGAGACCAUAAAUAAAUGAUCACAUUCCUUAAAGAUUAGAUAUGAAUGUUUGCUUCAUUGAAUUGUUAACUAGACAGGGUAGUACAGAAUGUUAAGUUGAAUUUACAGUUUCCCAAAUUAUACAGGAGAUUUAAAUCAGAGACAGUGGUUUGAAGUAGUAUUCUCAUUCUCAUUAAGAUGUGGCAUAUUCUCUUCUCACUAACUUUGAAUAAAGCUUCCAAAGAGAAUACAGCUUUCAAACUGGUUGCUAGUGGUACACUCUGAAAGAUGCAGGUGAUACAGAAUGAUGUGGUAACAUCUCCAGGGCAAGUAUUCUAGGUAUUUAUCAAUUUUCCUACCCUCUAACAACAAAAAAUCCCAUAUAAAAUGUAGCCUGCUAUGUAUAGCACAGUCAAUAAAUAGCCUUCUUUCUCUAGGGGUGAAGCUACAAGUGGAAUGUUUUGCCAUCACUAUGGUCAUAUGUCACUUGUGAGACAAAUGAUAAUUAAUGUGAAAAUUAUAAAAAUCCAGACUAUGGUCACUCAUGAUUUAACUUAAUGUUUGGUGCUCCUAUAAUGAGACAAAAGUAGAAUCUCCUCAUUCUGCAGUAAUUUUUUUUUCAUUUUAGACUGUAUCAUUGCAACUUUUUCAAAGGCACAGAAAGACUGGAAUACCCCAUUUCCUGCAGUUUAUUUGUAUCAAAUGAGACAGGAAAGAGAAAUGCCUAUUAUUUUGGCAGAGAGUAAGGAGUAUUUUUUAAUCGCCUAUAGGCUAGUCCCGUAGGCUGGGUAAGACUGAGAGUGAGGGCAGAUGAAAUAGACAAAAGCUGGAGGGGAGGGAAUUAGCAAAGCCAUGGCUGUCCGCUUCUUGGCUGUGGAAAAGGUGAUGUAGAAGCUGUCUGAUGACAACCACUAAGCACAUUCUGCUCUGAUUUAGUUCCUCUUUAUUUGAAAAGGUUCACACAAAUAACAGCAUCGAUACUGCUUAAUUGUACACAGAGUGAUGUGGAGAAGGCUUAAGGAUAUUGCGGUUUAGCCUCUUGAUCAGUCCUCACUCUAACACAGUAAUGAACAGGUGGACCUGAGUUCAAGACCCUGUUCCCCUGACCACAAGCUGCAACUUUGAGAAAAAAUGCUUUCUCUCUAAGCUUAGUCUUUGUAUAUGUUAAAGAAGGGUUGAUAAUACCCUUCUUCCAAGCAGUUACCUACUAAGGCUGUUAUGAGGAAACACGGCACUUAAGAAUGCUUAUCUUAGUCCCUGGUACAAAAUAACUGCUUGAAAAAUAUUAGCCCAAUUUUGGGGUGCUGGUGGCAAAUAUUAAGGGUCAGCAUCCAGCAGUGAUGAGGAUAAGCUUAAGUUCAGGUGGUGGGUUUCCAUGUACCAGCUACCCUGUUUCUGUCCAGCUUAUUGCUUGAUGUGGGGAGUCCAGUUUAUUGAAAUUUCAUUUAAAGUCCUUUUUGGCAAGUAGUGGCCCAAAAAAGAGGAAAGGAAAAGAAAGGAAAAAAUGAAGGAAGGAAGGAAGGAAGGGAGAAAGAAAAAGAAGAGAAGAAAGAAAAAGAAAAGAAAAAGAGUUGAUAGAAAUUUUAGGUGGCCCUGUUAUCUCUUAACUCUUCUGAUGUAGAUAGAGCAGGUAUUAUUCGCCCAUUGAACAGAUAUAGAAGUUAGUUUGGUGAUUGGCCUAGGAUCACUGGUGAGUUACAAUGGGGCCAGAACAAGAAAGGAGUUGGGUCUAUUACAGACAAAAAAAUGAACUUGUGGUUGCUGGACGGAAGAAUGGGAGAAAGGGAUACUUAAGGAGUUUGGGACGGACAUGUAAAAAUGGAUAACCUGUAACAAGGAUUUACUUAUAGCACAUGAAACUCUGCUCAAUAUUAUGUGGCAGCCUAGAUGAGAGGAGAGAAGGUUGGGGGAGAAUGGAUUCAUGUAUAAGUAUGGCUGAAUCCCUGCACUGUUCGCCUGUAACUGUUACAACAUUGUUAAUUGGCUGUAAACUAAUAGAAAAUAAAAAGUUAAAAAGAAGCGGGGUCUAAAGUAAGUGUCAGAUGGCAACUCCAAUCUGAGGAUGGAACACUGCUCUACACAGCAGGCAUGAGGUUGGGGGGGCAGUUUGCCAUGAUGGUGGUCCCUUCACUGCAGCCUUUGCAGACAGGUACUAGCCAUUGACUAGGUCUCUUUGUGAAGGAGACGAAUGGUGGAGAAUCUCAUGAAAACAUCAUGUGGCUCAGAAAAAUGAUUCUUCUGAAAUCAGUAGUACGAGCCUCCCCUUUCUCCCAUAUAGUCUUCCAUAUUUAGGCUUUUUGCAAAAAGCAGUAGCAGACUUCAAUAUAUUCUUACUUUUUAUACAGCUAGAUUCAUGUUUUGGAUUACCCCCACUAUUAUCUCAGGCCUGGAGAUGGCCUUGACACCUUCUCUGAUUUAAUGAGUUGCCUGAGCUGUUUAAUAUUCUUGAGGGAGUUUUAGAAUCCUGGCCAUGGUCUGUGACUCAGACUGCUUGUGUCCAGGCCCCAGCUGCAUCACUUAUUAGUGGAAUGACCUUGGACAGUGUCUUUUACUUCUCUCUGUUGCUGCUGCCUCCUCUUUCUGAUAGAGAUGGUAAUGGUACCUGCCCCAGAGGGUUAUUAGAAAUCAACGAGAGAUUCUUUGUUCAAUACCUGCAAAGAGUGAGCCCCCUGUGUGAGCCAUGAAUGAUAAUAAGGCUGUUCUAUUUGCAGUUUAUGAAACUGUGAUAUAUCAUAUCCAUAUGUUAUAGACAUUGUUAUUAUCUUUGUAAAGUCUAUAAAACUUCAUUUCCAGUCACAAAAAUAAUGACAUGGGAUCCACUUGGAAAUCAUCAGCAGAAACUGGCUUGAGUAGCGCAGAGAUCGUUAUAUGUCGUAUAGACCAUACAUAUCCAGAUGAAGCCACCAUCAGAUAGCUUUCUGUUUAAGUGGUGGUGAGCUGCAAGUUCUUUUAGUUCUUUUUUUUUUUUUUCCGCAUUUGCCAAAUGAAAUUUGGUUCCACCUUCAAAGUCAAAACUGUCCAAGAAAGGUCACAAAGUGAGGAUCACACUUCCACUCUAGAACCUUUCUAUAGAACACCAAACCUUAGAAUCAGGCUGUGCACAACUAAAAAGGAAAAAUAGGCUGGGACACCUCAGACCAUGUCCAAGUUCAGUUCAAAACUGGCCCACCCUCAGGACCCUCACCACCCAUCAGAGAAGCCUGUCAUUCACUGCCAUAAAUGUGGAGAGCCGUGCAAAGGGGAAGUGCUUCGGGUCCAGACCAAGCAUUUCCAUAUCAAAUGUUUCACCUGCAAAGUGUGUGGCUGUGACCUGGCCCAAGGGGGCUUCUUCAUAAAGAACGGGGAGUAUCUCUGCACCCUGGACUACCAGAGGAUGUAUGGCACUCGAUGCCAUGGCUGCGGGGAGUUCGUGGAAGGAGAGGUGGUGACCGCCCUGGGCAAGACCUACCAUCCCAACUGCUUUGCCUGCACGAUCUGCAAGCGCCCGUUUCCACCCGGAGACCGAGUCACGUUCAAUGGGAGAGACUGCCUUUGCCAACUCUGCGCACAGCCGAUGUCUUCCAGCCCUAAAGAAGCCUCCUGCUCUGGCAGUAAGUGCCCCAGCCACCUGUUGACAUGAGUUCCUUCAUUCUGC